UUGAUUAGAGAAGUCAAGAAAACGAACACACAGUCUUCAGAUAAUUGACUGAAUUUCUACUCGAAGUUCGUUUUUCUGUUAAUUCCAUUGAAGAUAGAACAAUCGAUUAUGUAAAUUUCUGAAGAAUUAGAGGAAUUCAUGAUUGAAAAGAGCUAGCAAAGAGAGUGUGAAAUGGCAUUCGACAAAUUCGGUCGUCAAGUGAAGCGAUCUUAUUAUUCAUAUGGAUUCUGCGUAAAGGUGACGUUCGUAGCCAUUUUUGGUCUCUGUUUCGUUUUCAUUUGGUCUGUAUUUUCCUCUUCUUCUUCUUCCGUAAUCUCUCAGAGAAGCACUUUCGAUGAUAUUGCUGAACCUGCAGCUUCGAAUGGAAAAUUUACUAAUACGCGGAUUCUUCCUCACAAAGACACGGGAAAGGAUCGUCAGAACACUGGAAUCAAUGCUCAUAAACCAGAUCUGGAGGUUAAAGGCAAGAUUAAUGUCUCUACAUCUAUUCCAGCUGGUGAGAAUCACUCCGGAAAUGAAAAGAAGAUCGAAUUUCCAAAGGAUGUUAUGGAAAUUAAGAACGGAUCUGCUGGAUCUGAGACAGUUGAAGUAGAAAAGAACGAGAAUCAGCAAAAGGACGACAACAACAAAGAAGAAGAAGAAGAAGAUGGAAGUGAUAAGGACGUGAAAGCGGAUGAGGAACUGGAUGGAGAUGGCGAUGUCAAUGGCGAUGGUGAACCAGUAGCGAUAGAAAGUGUUGAUCAAGAAGAAGAAGAAGAAGAAGAUGAUGAAUCAAAAACUAAAUUGAAUAAGAAGAAGAAGAAAUUGGGUCCAUUAUUUGAUCAAAGAGCUCAUUACACAUGGAAAUUGUGCAAUACAAGAAGUAAACACAAUUACAUUCCUUGCAUUGAUAUAGAAAGUUCAUCUGGGAAAUUGCAGAUUUAUCGACAUCAUGAGAGGAGUUGCCCUAAAUCAUCUCCUCCAAUGUGUCUUGUUCCUCUUCCCCGUCAAGGAUAUAACACUCCUGUAAGCUGGCCGGAGAGCAAAUCCAAGAUAGUAUAUAAGAAUGUAGAACAUCCAAAGUUAACAGACUUCAUAAAGAAACAUAAAUGGAUGAUUCUAUCAUCUGGAGAAGAAUAUCUCACUUUUCCUCAGGAUCAAUUUGAAUUAAAGGGUGGCAUUCAACACUAUCUUGAAUCAAUUGAAGAGAUGGUGCCAGAUAUUGAAUGGGGGAAGAAUAUUCGUUUAGUGUUGGAUAUUGGAUGUACAGAUUCAAGUUUUACUUCUUCGUUGCUUGAUAAAGAUGUCUUCACACUUACUCUAGGAUUAAAAGAUGAUCUUGUGGAUCUAGCUCAGGUAGCUCUUGAACGUGGUUUUCCUGCAAUUGUCAGCCCGUUUGGAAAUAGGAAACUUCCUUUCCCUAGCGGUGUAUUCGACGCCAUUCACUGUGGUGAAUGCGAAAUACUCUGGCAUUCUAAUGGAGGGAAACUGCUUUUGGAGAUGAACAGGAUUUUGCGUCCUGCUGGCUACUUUAUUUUGUCAACUCGACACGAUGGUAUUGAAGAAGAUAAAGGUAUGUCCUCAUUGACAGCAUCAAUAUCAUGGAAUAUCCUGGCACAUAAAGCUGAUGAAGAUAGUGAACUUGGUGUCAAAAUCUAUCAGAAACCAGUCUCUAAUGAUAUAUAUGAGCUCAGACGAAAGAAAAUUCCUCUUAUGUGCAAGGAAAAUGAUAACCCAGAUGUUGUUUGGUAUAAGCCUUUACAAAACUGUUUACAUGUUCUUCCUUCUGCAAUUGAAGAAAGGGGUACAGAGUGGCCAGAAGAAUGGCCGAAAAGGCUGGAAACUUUCCCAGAAUGGACAAACAACAAAGAUAAACUGAUUGCAGAUAGCGAGCACUGGAAAGCUAUAGUCAAUAAUUCCUAUAUAACCGGAUUAGGCAUAGACUGGUUAAAAGUUCGAAAUGUAAUGGACAUGAAAGCCAUUAAUGGAGGAUUCGCUGCUGCUUUGUCAAAACGGAAUGUAUGGGUUAUGAACGUGGUCCCUGUUCAUGCACCCGACACCCUUCCCAUAAUAUUUGAACGCGGUCUUGUUGGUAUAUACCAUGAUUGGUGUGAGUCUUUUGGUUCUUAUCCAAGGUCAUAUGAUCUUUUGCACGCAGAUCAUCUCUUCUCCAGGCUCAAGAACAGAUGUAAGCAGCCAGUAGCCAUUGUUGUGGAAAUGGAUAGGAUAUUAAGGCCAGGUGGUUGGUUGAUUUUACGCGACAAAGUUGAAAUCCUCACUCCUUUGGAAGGGAUCUUAAGAAGUUUGCAUUGGGAAAUCCACACAACUUACCAUCAAGAUAAAGAAGGCAUUGUUUGCGCGCAAAAGACAGUAUGGCGACCCUGAAUCUGAUAGGUCAGCCAUUGCGAAUGCAGUACAUAGUCAUACUAAUUUCUUCGAUUCUUUUUUGUUGGCGUUUAUUCUGAGUUUUGACAUUAUAUUUUCGAGAUUGAAUAUAUUACCACGACGAAAUUUUAGUGGGAAUUAUGGACAAACAAUGAUGUUAUAGUGAAAAUUUGUAAUAGGAAUGAGUUUGAUUGUGUUGUGACUCUUGAAACGUAUAUAUACAUUAUUAUGUUUAUGAUUUA